AUGGAGGAUAUUAAUGAAACUGAGGUGCCAGCAAUUUGCGAGAAAUGUUUGGGUAGUAAUCCAUUCAUCAAUAUGAUUAAAGAGAAAGAAGGCAAACAAUGUAAAUUAUGUACCAGACCUUAUACUAGUUUUGGAUGGAUGAGUAUUAAUGAAACUGUUAAUAGUAAUAACAGUAAAGUGAGGAAGAAGAAUUAUUUGACUACAAAGUUUUGUUUGACUUGCGCCAGACAAAGAAACUGUUGUCAAGUUUGUAUGUUAGAUUUAACAUAUGGAAUACCAUUACAUUUAAGAGAUGCAGCAUUUCGAAUGUCUGGGGUUAAGAAUAAAUUUAAUGUGAAUUAUUCGAAGAAUGAGGUUACAAAGCGAUAUAUAGCGCAAGAGGAAGACAAGAAGUAUUUAAAAUUGAAGUAUAAUAAAGAGAAUAAAGACCAGCUAUUAAUUAAAAACGACUCUGAAUUUGAGGGAAAAGAAGAAGAAGGAUUGAAUCAAAAUGAGAAUGAUAAUGAGGAAAAAGCUAAAAAGAUGGCAAAGGAAAUACUAGAGAAAUUGGCUCAAAAUCAAAGAAGGAUUAAUAAUAGCAGCAAAGUUAAUCAUAGUCACCAAAGAUAUGAGAGCAAGAAGACUAAUUACAAUGGAGAUACUAUGAACAAUAAUUACAAUAAUUUGAAUUCAGUUGAUAUAAGUAAACUUAUAUCAAGAUUACCAUUUAAUGGAAACUUAAAGGUUCCCAAAGAUGAAACAAUCAAAUCGUUUUUCUUAUUUGGUAUUAAUGAUGAGUUGCCACAAUACACUAUAAAAGAGUUUUUUGAAGACUUAAUAAUCAAACAUAGAUCGAAUAAUGAGGGUAAUCGUAAUAAGUUGGCGAAAAAUGAAAAUAUAGUAUCUACGAUAAUAGUAAAGCAUCAGUCAAGAUGUGGGUUUAUAUCGUUUGAUAAGAGAGAAAAUGCUGAACUAUUGUCUCGAAUAAUUGAUAAGCCGAGAGAAUUGAAAGGGCCUGGGAUUGUGUUGAUCAAGAACAAUCCCAUAAGAAUAAGCUGGAGCAAGAUUAAAAACCUUGGAAACGACAGCAUACAGCAGCGAAAGAUUGCUAUGAUUGUUCGAAAGCAAAUGAAGCUUCUAGCUCAGAAGGAUAGAGAGUUUAAGGAACACGGAAACAAUGCAAAUGCUGGCGUGAGCAGUGAUGGAGGUUCUAGUGUGCGGCGAGUGUUGGAGUAUAGCGCAUUUAAAGCCACAGAAAACGCCGGCGUGAAGAGGCGCAUGCGUUUGAGAAAACACAGCACAAACAGCACAGACACAAAGAAAGUGCAUACUACCCACUUCCACCAAAGACACUCAAAGACACACCAUUUACAGCACAAGAUGGACUCUCUUGACUCACCUCGUUCUACUGAUCUCUCUGGGGCCUUUAAGAUCACGAACUUGAUUGUUGCUCUCUUUUCUACAUUAUGUGGUCUCUCUGAGUUAUUCCAAGGAUUCAUUCCAUUUACUAACACAAUUACAGAACUGGUGUCUACUAACGCUUACCGGCAGUUUAUUUUGGGACUUUAUGCAAUUGCAUUCGGGUUAUUGGUUGGCUAUCUUGAAUUUAAUGUUCCUCCUCAAGUGAUCAACUACGCUUCAUUUUUAUUCUCCUUUAUUGGAAGAGGGUUUUUUUAUCUUUUGAUUGGUACAAUUGUUGGUCAUGAUCACUUUCUUAAGGUCUUCCCCGGCUUCAUCAUCGCGUUGGUUGGAAUUGGCUACAUUGUGUUGGAAUUCAUCCCAACCAUCAUGCCUCCUGAGAACAUGAGAAGUGAGGGCACCCUCAACGUCGAUGACGACGAUGUCAUCUAA